AUGCCUGUGCUAAAUGAGAAGAUUCCUUUUUAUGAAACAUUACUUAGACAGCUGAAAGAUGACAACCUAUCAAACACAGCCAAUAGUCUGGCCGCUGAACUAAAUGUAGAGGCCAAUAAUCUGGUUAAGAGUGACCAUUUAUAUUCUCUAUACUCUAAAUAUGGAUACAACCAAUCAUCGGAAGGAUUUAAUGAGCCUUCUAAGCUAAAUGCAUUACUAGAGAGUAUCCACGGCGGCAAUUAUGGGAGUGACGAUAGUUGUAUACCUGAUCUCAGUGAGAAGGUCUUGGAUAAACAGAUACAACAGAGAUCCCAAUUAGCCCAGGGAUCCCCAAAAUGGCUAACUGUUUGGAUAACUGGCGAAUUUGCUAUGCAAUCAGCAUGUUUAUCCUCGGCAAUUUCAAGUGAUUCCAGGCUUUUGGCCGUGGGAGGUGUUGGAGGAUUGGCCACAGUUACACCUUUAGUGGAAGAGACAAAAAGGAGUAAGAGGAAACCUUCUCCAGAGGGAGGAACCACAGUUGUUGGACAUACGGGUAAUGUCACUGCCCUUUCAUUCCACCCACACAAGCCGUUGCUCAUUUCCGGCGGAGAGGAUAAUCGCAUUUUGUUGCACGAAAUAUCAGCCUUUGGUGUGGUGCAACGGGUAAACAUAAUUAAACAUAUAAGGGAAGUAUCAAUAAUAAAUUCCCUAUGCGUCCACCCUUGCGGCGAUUUCGUGUUGGCAGGGACCAGUAGCUCCAUUUUGAGGAUGUAUGAUUUGGCUUCUGGAAAAUGUUAUACAUGUGCUAAUGCUUGGGGACAACAUGAGCCUGGAGGAAUAAACGGGGUGGCAGUGACAAUAGGCGGCGCCAUGAUAGCAACAGCGGGGCAGGAUGGUGUAAUAAAGGUUUGGGAUGCAAAGUCACUUUCACCAAUACAUUCAUUUGCCCAGUCUCACCGCGGAUUUGGUGUACAAAAUGUAUCUUUCGAUGCUAGCCAAAAUUACAUACUAUCAUCGGGUCUCGAUGGCGUUACUAGGCUUUGGGAUUUGAGAAAACAAAGACAGGUGAUAUCCGUUGGCGGAAGGAUACCAAGGCCUUGCAUUGCCAAUCUGGCAAUAUUUCUUCAGGAUCAAAGGAUGAUUGGAGUGGCAUCUGUUUACCAAGGGGUGCCAAAUUCAGCGGCUCAAUUCUACAGUGAACUGCAAAUACAUUCAUUAUUAGAUGGUAGUGUAACACUGAAUUUAAGCGAAGCUCAUAGUGUUUAUCCAGUUUGGAGCAUUAAUACUUACUGCGACGAGCUGAGUUUGAUCACAUGUUCUGAUGAUGGCACUACGCGAACUUUUAGGUUAUUGGAGGCGUAA